AUAUAUAUAUAUAUAUAUAUAUAAUCCUAUUUCACCCUAAUACAUCUAAUCUGAAUAUUUUGUAAUCUUUUAUUCUCAUCCUUAACUUUAUGUUCACAUUUUUGUUUGCAAUAUCCACUAUGUAUCUAUCACUUUUAUGCUUUGCCACAACUGUAAUCCUUCAUGGUCAUGCCAAUAAAGCUUAGCUGAUUUUGUGUCUGAUAAACAAAGAAAGAGCGAGGGAGAGAACUGAAUACACAAAUGAUAGUGAGAGAGGUUACUUAGCAACCACAGUGGUGUUAAGCUAAAACAAACCAUAACACCACUGUGCAAUGGUGUGAUUGAAUUCAGAGAUAAUCCGCCACAACACAUCUUCACCCAAAAGAACAUGUUGUACGUGAACAGAAAUACAAUGUGAUAUUAAAGGUAAAUACUCCAAGGUCUUUCAGUCAGAUGUUUGCAGCACCAGGGGAUAGAGAAAAAACUGCAUCUCAUUUCGGCUUCCUUGCAGACUAUUGUUCAGAAGUGAAGACUAUGGCUCCCAGAGCUGCUGCUCUCACUCUAUCAGAACUGAUGGAAGUGUUACAUACUUCCUUCAAUUCUUUCCUCCUGGGACCAACACAAAGUGCUCCCGUCAGAGAACAACACUGCAUGGCAAGAAAGAUAGAUGAAAAGACCUAUGAGAGAACAGAGGUCGUCCCAGCAGUCUUUUGUGAAUGCCUCAGAGAGAGCCGCACACACUGGGAUAGCUAGGAGAAUGUUUCUGUGGUCCGGAAGCAAAGGAGCUCAAGGAUCAGGAAGUGAGAGAAGCAGGACCAUUUACCAGAAGAUUCGUGAGUAUGAUGUUUUGGAAAAGAGGAGGACAGUCACAGCGCUAAAGGCUGGAGAGGACAGAGCCAUUCUCUUGGGCCUCAGCAUGAUUCUUUUCUCUGUCGUGAUGUACUUUGUGCUAGGCAUCACAAUGGUGCGCUCUUACUCAGACAGCGUUUGGACAGAGGAGUCAAAUUGCACAGUGCUGAACUCCAGUAUAAUUGCUGAGAUUAACUGUAACUACAGUUGCGGCUCUGAGUGCAGGAAGAGCUCCAGGUUUCCCUGCCUUCAGGUAUAUGUCCGUCUGAAUUUCACCGGCAAAGUUCUGCGGCUGUCAUACAAUGAGGAGACCCAUGAGGCCCACCCUCAGUGUUUUUACAUCCCAAAGUGCCGCAAGGAUCACACACUGAUGCACAGCAUUGUGAUGAACAUCUCAGAGCGACUGAAGAUGCACCAACAGGUUUUGUGUUACUAUGACCCCUCAGAGCAGCAGGACAGCGUCCUCCUGACACGUCUCUAUGGCCACGGGGCCAUCAUUAGCUCUCUCCUCUGGCCCACAUGCAUGCUGGUGGGGGGCACGCUCAUCAUCGCAAUGGUGAAGCUCACUCAGUACCUGUCCCUUCUGUGCGAGCAGAUCAGCCGCAUUAAAAGGAUGGGGCUCUAUCCCCUAACAAGAGCUUCUCACACCAGGGUCUGCACUCUGAAGUUUAAUGGUGGCAUCCAGGAUGGGGUUUGAAUGGAGGUGGCAUGUUUUCUAGCGAAGUGUUUCUGCUCUCAUGUGGUCUUCCUCUCAGGCUCCAUUAACCUUGUUAAUCUGCAGAGUUGUAUUAAUAAGGCUGAAGCAAUGCUGUGAUUGGGAACUUCCUGUACAAUUGAGUUCAGGCUCAAUAGAGCUUCUAGUGGCUGUAGAUGGAACUUCUUACAAUAAGACUGGGUCAAGUCCAAUCCUGAAACUCAAGGGUCAAAAUAUGUGGUCAUGUUGUGGGGUGUUGAUUACACUUUCUGACCAACAGAUCAAAGACUCCAUUCCAAGAAGAUGCCACUGUGUAGCGAUAUGUCUUGACCAGCUGACGCUUAUGUAAUCACAGAAAUUGUAAGUAGUAUGAAUAUGCUACUUCCAUCAGCGGUGACUGCCGUCAUUCAUGGCUCUUUGACAAACACCUGUGGAUCUCUUCAAAACCAAAGGUCAUAUGUUGAUAUGUGUGUGAAUAUACUGUAACUCCUAAAGGGAUAGUUCACUCAAAAAUGAAAACCCUCAUUUUGAACCUGCAUGACUUAAUUUCUUCUAUGCAAAUAAAUAAAUUAAUAAAUAAAAAUUUCUAACACUUUACAAUAAGGUUUCAUUUGUUAACAUUAGAUAGCUAAAUUAGUUAACACGAAGUGCUGUAACAAUGGACAGUAUUUCUACAGUUGUUAAUAGUUAAUUUCUACAUUUACAAGUACACUUUUUUAAAUCAAAAGUUGUAUCUCUUAACAUUAGUUAAUGCACUGUGAACAAACAUAAACAAGCAAUGAUCAAUUGUAUUUUUAUUAACUAAUUAAAAAAAAAUAUAUAUUGCUAAGUUAUUUCAUUUUAACCAAUCUAAUGUUUACAAA